GUAAGCUAAAUAAACGCAACAGCCGCCGGUUCGCUGUUACUUUUAUCUGCAUACCCUUUAACAGCUUUGAGAAUCUAGGUCAGACGGUUGGCCUCUGAACAAAACUUUCGAUUUGUCUACAGGCUGCCCUGUGCCACUAGUGUGGGAUGAGUGAGGCAGGUCCUAGAGUAAAUGGGCCAGCCAGCCCUACUGGAAAAUACAUCGAUGGCAUCGACCCUGAUGACCCAGAGUACAUUAAAAAUUUGCAGCGUCCUGCUGAGGUUAAAGAAGACCUGCAACAGAUGGAAAAUCGUUCACGGGUCUCUUUGGUUUUAAACAGUCAAGCAUUCAAAGAAGAACUUGAACAGGUGGUAGAAGAACAACUUCGCCAUGGACCUUACCCUGCAAGUCUUAUAGCCUUACAACAAAUUACAGAUCUACUGCUACCUCACUCUAAAGGUAGCCUUGGUAGUUUGGCUAGAGCUGCUACUGUCAUUCCAAUCAAUGAUCUGAGGGGAGUUGAGUCUCUUGGCUUUGCCAAAGGAGAAAAACUUCUUAGGUGUAAAUUGGCUGCUUUGUAUCGAAUAGUAGACUUGUGUGGUUGGUCACAUGGAAUCUACAAUCACAUUAGUGCUCGAGUUAGUCCAGACUUUGAACAUUUUUUGCUGAACCCAUUUGGAAUGCUGUACUCUGAAAUUAGUGCUUCUUCUUUGAUAAAAGUAGAUGUUCAAGGAAAUAUUGUUGAGCCUGGUUCAACUCAGUUUGGUGUAAGCAAGGCCGGGUUUACAUUGCAUUCUGCCAUACAUCAAGCUAGACCUGACAUCAAAUGUAUUGUUCAUUUACAUACACCUGCAGCUGUUGCAGUGUCAGCCAUGAAAUGUGGUUUGUUGCCUAUCAGCCAGGAGGCACUAGUAUGUGGUAAGCUCAGUUACCAUGACUAUCAAGGCAUUUUUGUUGAUCCUGAAGAAAGAGAAAAACUUGCAAGAAAUUUGGGAGUUCAUAAUAAAAUUCUGGUCCUUAGAAAUCAAGGCAUUGUGGCAUGUGGUGAGACUAUUGAAGAGGCUUUCCAUUACACAUUUAAUAUAAUGGCAGCAUGUGAAGCCCAGGUACGAGCCGUACCUGCUGGUUUAGACAACAUAGUAAUCCCUUCAGAGGAGGCCAGAGAACAAGCUUACAAAACUGCUAAUCAAGGUGGUGGUGGUGUUGAAACAACAGGUCGCAAAUGGAAAAUAGGAGAGUUAGAAUUUGAAGCCUUGAUGAGAACAUUAGACAAUUCAGGCUAUAGAACAGGUUAUGUCUAUAAAUUACCUUUUGUAAAGCAGGAGAAGAAAGAACGAUCAAAUAGUGAAGUAGAAAUACCACCUGCAUCAAGCUCGUUUACUUAUAUUUUUGAUGGAGAUUAUGAACACUCAAAAUAUGCUUCACCAUUGAAAGCUGCAAUGGAAAGACAGAAAAAAGCCUACAAAGCAGGGUGGUUAACAACACCUAAUGCUUACAAAAAAACUGAAGUUGAAGAAAUUGGCACAACCACACCCAAGAAAAUUACAAAGUGGGUACCUGAAGGAGACUCACCAAACAGACCGAGCGGUACUCCAAUUAAAGUUGAAAAUCCUAAUCAAUUUGCUCCACAAGGAGAGAAUCCAAAAGAAUUUAAGCUGAAGCAAAAAAGUAUCCGAAAAGACUAUUAUGAGGAAAAAGUUACUCCAGGACCACAGUCUAAAAUUUUGGAAGGAAUUUCGUGGGAUGAAGCUCAGAGAGCUAAGGAUGGCUUGCUUAGUGGUGCUGGGGAUCAAUUAAUAGUUGUUGGAGCUGCUUCCAAGGGCAUUAUUCAAAGGGACCAUCAACACAAUGCUGUUGUUUAUCGUCAAUAUUAUGCUGCUAAUCCUUUCGAGAAUAUGUCAGAGGCUGAAAUAGAACAGUACCAAGCAGAGGUACAGAGACGGGAGAAAGGAGAACCAGGCACGUAG